GAAAUUUCUCCUCCUUCUUCUUUCUUUGAACCUUUUCUGUGCGACCAUUUUCCACUCUCUUUUACAUCAAACACAAUCCUUCCAAACCCCAAUUUCUCAACCCACGCCAAAACCAUGACUCCUUCCCUCGCAAUUCUCCUCUCCCUUCUCCUCCUCCUCCUCCUCCUCACCCUCUCACACGCACGCAACCUCCAAACCUCCUUCCCCGAGCCCCAACCUAAAUCCGAACCUCAACCACACCAACACGACACCGUUUCCUUCACCGUCGACUCCCUCGAUCCCCUCCCUCUCACGCUCCUCCGCUUCCGUCCAAUCAACCGCCGCUUCCACCCGCUCCCCCUCGGCUCCCGCUGCCGCCACGCCCACCGCCGCCAGAUCGCCUACGGCAACGACAUGAUCCAGCUCUCCCAGAUCCGUCCGCGCUGGGCUAGGGUUCACGCCGCCGACGUCAACGCGAAGUCAACGGCCACCGUGGAGGACCACCGCGACGAGCACCACCGCCACAACCACCAUCGCCACUACCACCACCACGUCCGCGAGGAGAGCUUGUUCGCGAAGAAGAUUCGCGAGUUUUUGAACCUCUUCUGAUUUUCCCGACGAAUGAUGCAUAUAUAUAGUAGUCGUGUUAUGUGUGUGAGCGAUGUGGGAAGCGCCUAUGCUAUGUAGCGUUUUUAUUUUUCUGUUGUUUUGGGGGUAUUUUAUAGAAUAAUUUGGUCUUGUUGCCAAACAAACUUAUUUCCUACUGUUUUUGCUUCAUAUAUAUGGCACUUGUUGCUAAAAUAUUAGGAUCGGUAUAAAUUUUAUAGCAAAAAUUAAUGUAAAUAUUUGUUAUUAUUGUGAUUUUUAGUUUAUUUGAUGAUUUGAUCUUAA